UGAGAAACAGACAGAGAGAGAGAGAGAGACAGAGAGCAGGGCUCAAACAGCGGACUGAUUAACUGGUAGAGAUACAAACUGGUGAAAUUUAAAGUGGACUGGAUCUAUCAGCCAGGGUUCCAAACACACACACACUGUCUGACUGAAGCCUGGGUUGUAUGAGUGCACAUCUACACAAAUUGCUCUAACUUAGUUUCAAACUAUGGACAACUGGGACAGGAAUAAGACGAUUCUCCUGGAGCUACUGAGAGAGGGAGAGAACAGUGAGUGUGCCGACUGUGGAGCAGCAGAUCCUGACUGGGCCUCCUACACCCUUGGAGUGUUUAUCUGCCUGAACUGUUCAGGUAUUCAUCGCAACUUGUCAGGAAUCAGCAGAGUCAAAUCUAUCCGGCUGGAUUUCUGGGAUGACGAUUUAAUUGAGAAAAUGAGGAAACGUGGAAACCGGGUGGCAAAGAAACAUUACGAGGCCAACAUCCCUCCUUUCUACUACAAGCCACGAGCAUCAGACUGUGUAGUUCUGAAAGAGCAAUGGAUUCGAGCCAAGUACGAGCGGGAGGAGUUCACCGACAUUGUCACCAAGCUGCAGAAAUCGGUCACUUCAGGUAACCGAGUUGGCUAUCUCUGGAAACGGGGAAAGGACAAUAGAAAUUUUCGGAAAAGGAAUUUCCGUCUUUUAGAGAAAGAGGGUCUGAUCCUUUACUACGCUAAGGAGGAUGAAGAGCCAAAGGGAGUCAUUCAGGUGUCAGGUCUCAAUGCUACAUUCCAGCCAGAGAAGAUUGGGAAUCCAAACGGGCUGCAGAUCACUUAUCUGAAAGAUGGGCGCACCAGGAGUAUGUUUGUGUACCACAAAAAUGGGAAGGACAUAGUGGAUUGGUUCAAUGCAAUCAGGGCGGCUCGUUUCCGAUACCUCAAAAGUGCUUUCCCCACAAUUAGUGACGCAGAGCUCAUACCAAAAUUAACAAGGGAUUACACAAAGGAGGGAUACAUGGAGAAGACUGGCCCCACACAAAAGGAACCUUUUAAGAGGCGAUGGUUUACACUUGAUAAUCAGGAUCGCAAACUGUUGUACUUUAAGGAACCACUGGAUGCCUAUGCACAAGGGGAGGUGUUCAUCGGACAUUCACAGUACGGAUAUAAUGUGAUAGAGGGCCUACCGCCUGGCCUGAAAGGCAACAAAUGGAAAUUGGGCAUCACGAUCGAGACACCAGAGAGGAAGUUUGUGUUUACCUGUAAGGAUGACCAGGACCUCAAGGAAUGGAUUGUGGCUUUUAAAGAAGUGAUUUUCAAGCCGAUGUCUCCCCAGGAUUACUCGGUUGAAGCUACAUUAAGGCGGAAGCAAAGAUGAUGAUAACGCAAAGUGAUGGCCUGACUCAGAAGAAGUUCCACUCAGAAGAUAUUCUGCGAUAAAUAAGGGAGACAUUCCUCUUUGGGAUCAGGAUUCCCCGCUCAGAACAGGCUAUCUAGCACAUGGGGCCACCUGCAUACACUCUGGGCUUUGAACAGAGUUUCUUAUUGUCCAACUUCUCCACGUGCAGUCCAGGGCCUCUGUCAAUAGGUGUGCUUCUAUUGAAAGCACCAGUUACAAUUCAGUUAUGAACAGUUGGUACGUGGAGUGAGGCGAUGUUGGAACUGGACGCCCUGGAGCGUAGGGACAGAAUCGGCAAGACUCCCUCGAAGCAUUUCCUCAAAACCAUUCCUUUCUAUACCACAAGAUUUGCUAUGCAGACAAACUGAAAGCAAAACCCAAGGGACCACUGCCAUUAUUUCAGAAACUAAUGGCACUCCUGAAUUAGGACAAUAGUGAUGGCUCAAUCAUGUUGAUGUAAAUUAGUUUCUCUCAGAUUGUGAUCCUGUUUGCUUAACAGGAGCUCCAAGGUAAUGGAUUAAAUGUCAAUUUUUUACUGA